UUAGUGAUUUUAAUAGUAUUCUAGUUAAAGAAUUUUAAAUAUUUGUUUUAUCAAUGAAAUGAAAUUAACUAAUUUCUUCAUUUUAAUAGAUAAUUAUAAAUGUACAUUAUUAACAUAUUUUUUUUGGCUUAUGUAGUGAUAACUUCAUAUAAAUAUUUUAGUGUGAGUUUAAUAUGCUUUUUAAACAAAAUAAUUUAUUUAAAUUUAUAAUUAAAUCUGUAAAUUUCUAUGAAAAAAUAUCUAAUGUAAAUACUCUAGCAUCCAGCAGCUAUAAAGGUUCAUUUCAUGAAUGGAUAUUAAAAUUCUUCAGAACACAACCACGUUACAAAAAAUUUUUACUAGACCGUGAUGUAGAUGUUACUCAUUUAGUCAAAAAUUUAAUCAGUCUUAAAGCUAUUUCAACUAAUGAACUUCUUAUUAAUUUUUCUUCCUUAAAUACAUUACCAAUUAUUAAUGAAGUCGAUAGAGAACUUGAAAGUCGUGUAAAUACCAUGAAUAUUGAUCAAAUGAUAACUUUAAUGGAUACUUGUUUAGCUUCAAAAAACAAACUAUUUAAAAAAUCUAGAGCUUUUAAAAAAUGUCUUGAAACUAUGGAUGAAAAAUGGUUUAGAAAACCUGAUUUAAAUUGUUAUCAAACAAUGCAAUUAAUUUAUUAUGUUAGUUUUUUUAAAAAGAAAGCAACAAAUGUUGUUACUUAUGGUUUAAAAAAAAUUGCAAAUGACUUCAACUACUUGAAAAAAUUUAGUGAUGAAGAAAUGAGUAUAUUAGCAAUAACAACUUAUAAAACUGGAGCUAAAGUAAAUGAUAAACUUUUAAGAAUAAUAGUAUCUAAAUUGGAAAAAAAUCUAAAUAAUUUGAUACAAACACCAAUACUUUUUGUAUCAUUACUUAAACCUCUUAAAAAAGCAAAGUACCAUGAUCCUGUUUUAAUUUCUAAACUAAUUCAAACUAUUAAAUUUGAUAACAAUUUAGUAAUAAAAGAUGUGACAAGCUCUAUUCAUUUUCUUUCCUAUUUAGCUGAUGCUAACUGUGGUGAUAUUCAGUAUUUACAACAACUAAUAGAUUUGAUUGGAAAUAUAAUGGUUCAAGAUAAUCUCAAAAACUAUCGAAUUAAAGACGUAACUUCUUUUUUAUUUUCAAUUAGCUAUUUGGGUCUUUCUGUAAAUAAUACUUCACUUAAAACUACUAUUACUAAUUUUUUAAAUUAUAUAUUUAAUUCCAAAGAAAAUUGUAUUAAACAUUCAAAAAUGUUUAUUAGUAUUAAUCUCUCUUUAUGGAUGCUUAAUUGGGAAAAUAUAUAUCUUACUAAACUUAUUGCUAUGGAAAUUCCAAUUUCUUCAUUAAGAUCACAAGAUGUACAUAAACAAAAUUAUAGACUUGAUCUUUUAUUGACUUGUAUAUCAAUUGAGAGGCCAGAAUUAAUAGAAAAACAUUCAUUAAAUCAAACUAUAAAUACAAUGCCACAGUUUGACCGCCAUCUUGAUGAAAGGCCAUUUCUACAAAAAGUUUUUAAAAACUUGAAAGAAUUGUCUAGAAAACACAAUUUGUUUAGUGUUGAAUACAAUUUUUGCAUACCUAAUAUCAAAAUAUUGAACAUAAAAGUAGUAGAUAACAAUAGAAUUAUUUUUUAUUUUGAAGUAUUAGACAACACUACUUGUCUUCAUAACACUGCAGUUCCUCAUGGAAUGAUGAAAUUAAAGCUUCGAUUAGAAUCAAAAUUAAAUUAUAGAAUUAUUUCAAUAAACGAAAUCAACAAUAUUUUGCUUAGUUCAAAAUCUUUGAAACAAUAUUUAGAUUUUUUACUUUCAUGAGAACUAAAUAUUACUUGGUUAAUAUAUUAAUAAGCAUAAUAGAAUUUUUUAAUUAUAUAAUAUUUAUUUAACAAUUAAACUAGUUAUUAAAAAUUGUUGUAUGUGUAUAUAAAUACAUUUUAAUUUAUCUUCUUUA